AUGUCUGACAACCCAGAGAAGCCUCGACCUCUGAUCCCAACCCAAUGGAACAAAGCACGAGGUUCACCACUUCCUACGUGGAUACCACAGCGCACGUCCGAACUUCGCACGGCCAUUGAGAAGGUUGAUAAGGCUAUUGAAGAGCUUGUCAAACCAAAGCCAGUCACACACGAAGAGGAUGACUCCAAAGCUACAGGCAUUGACAUUCCAAAAGAUCUCUCAAAGUACAGAGAUUGGGUAGCUGAACGUCAUUCCGCGUGGGACGCCGCAGGAUUACCAACACAGGAUGAAGACAUACUCGCGAAAUACAACAUCCCAGAUGAUGUUAGCAGUGAUAAGAAGACGUGGCCGGCUUCUCUCCAGAAACUAGGUAUUACGGCAAUCAAAAUUGACGAAGACACGACUACAUACCCAUGGGGAAAGCUCGCAAUGGCUUUACAGCGAACUCUGGCAAAAGCUAAGAGUUACGAUAGGGACUCCUUGUUUAGCGAUGUCGCCAGAAAAGCCUUGAGAUGGAUCUAA